GUGUUUACAGUCAACAAAACAGCGUGUGGGCAGUUUAGUUUCGGCAUGAGCUAGAGAUUUGUUAAUUAUUUGUUUUUAAAAUAAUACAUUUGAAAUAGAGAAAAGACAAACAUGGGAAGACGCAAGUGGAAAGCCAAAAAGCUUGAAAAAAAGAACAAGUCACAAAAUACCCCAGAAAAUAAAAGAAAAAAUGUUUUUAAAAGUCCAAAAGAAAGUCACCGACCUGCAGAUCAAGAUGAAAACAAAAAUGUCAUCAAAGAUACAGAAAAUGUUGAAGAUGACUCUGGAGAUGAAAUGGCAUCAGCGAGAAAGAUGGCAGUCAAUAAAAACAAGAAAAAAUCUGGAGGGUUCCAGUCCAUGGGUUUAUCACAUCCAGUUCUGAAAGGCAUCUUAAGACGUGGCUACAAGGUUCCAACACCCAUACAGAGGAAGACCAUUCCCAUAAUCCUUGAAGGGAAAGACGUCGUGGCUAUGGCUAGAACAGGCAGUGGAAAAACUGCCGCCUUCCUUGUUCCAAUGUUUGAGAAACUGAAAUCACACUCGUCUUCUGGGGCACGUGCCAUGGUCCUAGCUCCAACUAGAGAGUUAGCUAUUCAGACAUUGAAGUUUACAAAAGAGAUUGGAAAAUUUACUGGUUUAAAAGCUGCAGUAAUUCUUGGAGGAGACAAAAUGGAUGAUCAGUUCGCAGCUAUGCAUGAUCACCCUGACAUAAUUAUUGCUACACCUGGACGUCUUCUUCAUAUUUUGGUGGAAAUGGAAAUCAAGCUUAAAGCUAUUGAAUAUGUUGUUUUUGAUGAAGCUGACAGGCUGUUUGAGAUGGGGUUUCAAGACCAGCUUCAGGAGAUCAUACACAGGAUGCCUGACUCUAGGCAGACGCUGCUAUUUUCAGCCACUCUGCCCAAAUCUUUGAUUGAGUUUGCCCGGGCUGGGUUGACAGAUCCCACGCUACUGCGUUUAGAUGUUGACGCUAAGCUGAGUGAAAAUUUAAAGUUGAGCUUCUUGUCAUGUCGAGAUGGUGAAAAAUGUGCCCUGCUGGUGUACCUUCUAAAGCACAUCAUCCUCCCCACAGAACAGACUGUUGUGUUUGCUGCAACCAAACAUCACGUCGAGUUCCUUAACAUGCUCCUUACACAGUGUGGCUUCAGUGUCACCUACAUUUACAGCUCCCUAGACCCAGCGGCCAGAAAGAUCAACGCAGCCAAAUUUUCUCUAGGGAAAGUAAAAAUCCUGAUAGUCACCGACCUAGCAGCCAGAGGUAUUGACGUCCCACUACUGGACAAUGUGAUUAACUUCCAUUUCCCAGCCAAACCUAAGCUGUUUGUCCAUAGAGUUGGUCGAGUUGCAAGAGCUGGCAGAAGUGGGGUUGCCUACUCAUUUCUUUCCCCAGAGGAAAUGUCACACUUUGUGGACCUCCACGUCUUCUUGGGUCGACCUCUCAAAUUUGUGCCACUUGGGGAAAAGGUGGAAGACGAAGAUGGUUGGUUUGGUGAAGUUCCACAAAGUCUAAUUGACGAUGAAGAUGCUGAGCUAGUCCAGAUAAUUAAAGACUCUAUAGAACUUACCAGUUUGGUUAAAGUCUGCUCAAAUGCCUAUAGAAAAUAUUGCAAGUCUCGUCCAGCCCCAGCUACUGAGUCCACUAAGAGAGUGAAAAAGAUGGUUGAAGAUGGGGUGAAGGUCGGCAUCCAUCCUAAAUUAAAUAACUUGGAAGUUGAUGAGAAAGGUGUAAGAUUAGAAAUGUUAAAUGCACUGAAAAAUUACAAACCAAAAACUACCAUAUUUGAGAUCAACAGCACCAGCAAGAAGAUGGGCCUGGAGGUGAUGAAAGCCAAAAGAGCUCUACAUGAUGAGAUACUGCAGAAGAACGAAGCUCGCAGGAAAGAGAGAGAUAAUGAGGGAGCCAGCGGUUCCACAUUUUCAUCUUCUUUGUUUGACCAUCUCGGAUCUCACAAGCGAAAAAUGUCAGAUGAAGCGGAUCAGAAAGACAUUGAAUCUGUGUUUGAUACCAUUGUGGGAAGCAAAUCUAAGAGGAGGAAAUCAGAGGGCUCCAAGACAAAACCAGCCCCUGAGACCAAAGACAAAGAGAAUUUUAUUUAUUACAGGCCUGCUGACUAUGCCUCAGAGAAAGGGUUGAGUAUUUCAAACACUUUUGAGAGAGAAGCAAGCAGUGCCGUUCUAGAUUUUACCAAUGAGGAUGAAAACAAUCAGAACAAGAAAAAACGUCAUUGGGAUAGAAAGAAGAAAAAGUAUGUCACAGACUCAACAGAGCAAAAAAAUAAAAAGAUAAAAACAGAGAGCGGAAACUGGAUAUCUGCUUCAUACAAAUCUAACGCUUAUCGUGAAUGGAGGACCAGAAACAACACAGACAGGGAUGAGGGGGAAACUGGUGGGGAGAGAAAUCAGAAUAGGAAGUUGACCAUCGUGGGGAUGAAAAAGAGAAAAUGGCACACAAAGGGUUCAGGGGAAGAGGCAAGCAGGAAACAAAACCAACAGAAAUUUAAACUUGGGAAAGCAGGAGGCUUGAAGUCUGCUGACCAGAUUUUGAAAAACAGGAGAAGGAAAGCCAAAAUAGAAAAUUUCCAGAAGUACAGGCAAAAUAUCCACUCCAAGAGGCAGGGGAAGGCGGAGCAAGGGAAAAAAGGAAAGAGAAAAUAAAUUUAUUUUGUC